AUGGGAAGUGAUUUUGAAGAGAAGAUGAAUCACCCACGUCAUCCUCAGCAUCCAAUAAUAUUCAAAAGCGAAGGAGAUCCAUUCAAAUGCAGUGGCUGCGUGGAAGAAGGGUAUGGCCCAAGGUACCAGUGCCACGAAACUGGUUGUCUCUUCGUCCUUCACGACCACUGUGCCAGGGCUCGCCCCCGCGACGGCCCAAGAUUCCACCCGUUCAUGAAGGAGAGCCUGUUCGAAUUCCUCUGGGAACCGCCGGGGACGGAAGAACGAUGUUGCGAUGCUUGCGGGCAGGACAUCCGAGGAUUUCUGUAUCGUGACCAAUCCGAAAACGACUUUGAUUUGCAUCCUUGUUGCAUGAACCUAACAGACAUAACCAUCUCUGAUGAUGGCGAUGAAAUGAUGCUGAAUCUUAGAUGCAAAGUGCCCUCUAAGUGUCAGAUGCAAGAGGAAGGAUCUAAAUGA